AUGCGUUUUUCUUGCAUUUUUCGUAAAAAAAUUGGCACUGCGUUGUCUAUCAAUUUAUCUUCCUGCGUUUUUCUUUCAAUUUUCUCCCUGCGUUUUUCUUUUAAUUUGUUUACAGCGUUAUCUUUCAAUUUGCAUCUUGCGUUUUUCUUUCAAUUUACUUUAAGCAUUUUCUUUCAAUUUGCUUAUUACGUUUAUCUUUCAAUUGGGUUACUGUGUUUUUCUUUCAAUUUCCAUCCUGCGUUUUUAUGUCAAUUUAAUUACUGCGAUUUUCUUUCAAUUUGCGCAUUGCCCUUUUCUUUCAAUUUGCUUACUGCCGUUGUAUUAAAUUUGUUUUCUGGUUUUUCGUUCAAAUUUCUUCCUGCGUUUUUUUUCCAAUUUGUUUACUGUGUUUUUCUUUCAAUUUGCUUACUGCGUUCUUCUUUUAAUUUGCUUUCAGCGUUUUUCUUUCAAUUUCUUUCCUGCUUUACAGCGCUUUUUUUUUCAAUUUGCUACCUCCGUUUUUAUUCCGUUUGCUUCUUGCAUUUUUUCCAAUUAAUUUCCUGCGUUUUUCUUUCAAUUUGCGUCCAGCGUUUUUUUUCCAGUUUGCUUACUGCAUUUUCUUCCAAUUUGAUUACUGUGUUUUUCUUGAAUUUGCUUCCUUCGUUUUUCUUUCAAUUUCCUUCCAGCGUUUUCAUUCAGUUGGCUUCCUGCGUUUUCUUUCAAUUUCCUUCUUGCGUGUUUCUUUCAGUUUCUUUACUGCGUUUUUCUACUAAUUUGAUUACCGCUUCUGUUUUUUCAAUUUGUUUUCUGUGUUUUUCUUUCAAUUUGAUUCCUGGGUUUUCAUUUAAAUUUGUUUCUUGCGUUCCACUUUCAAUUCGCUUUCUGCUUUUUACUUUGUAUUUGCACAUUGUGUUUUCUUUCAAUUUCCUUCCUGCGUUUUUCUUUCAGUUUGCUUAUUGCGUUUUCUUUCAAUUUGAUUCACGUGUUUUUCUUUCAAUUUACUUCCUGCAUUUUUCGUUCAUUUUGCUUCCUGUGUUUUCAUCCAUUUUGCUUAAUGUGAUUUUAUUUCAAUUUGUUCCUUACGUUCUACUUUCAGUUUCCUACCUGUUUAUUUUUUUUUACGAUUUAUUUGCUUACAGCGUUAUUCUCUCAGUUGGCUUCUUGCGUUUAUCUUUCAAUUUACUUAAUGCGUUUUAUUUAAGUUUGCGUAUUGCGUUUUUCUUCCAGUUUCAAAUUGCUUCCUGCGUUUUUUCUUUCAAUUUGCUUCCAGCUUUUCCAAUUUGCUUCUUGCGUUUUUCUUUUAAUUUGAUUCCCGUGUUUUCUUUCAAUUUCUUUCCAGCAUUUCUCUUUCAAUUUGCUUACUGCAUUUUCUUUCAAUUUGCUUACAGCGUUUUCUUUCAAUUUGCAACUGUCUUUGUUUUUCAAAUUGUUUCAUGUGCUUUUCUUUCAAUUUUCUACCUGUGUUUUUCUUUGAAUUUGUUUCCAGCAUUUCUCUUUCAAUUUCCUUACAGUUUGCUCCCUGCGUUUGUCUUUCAAUUCCAUUCUUGCUUUUUUCUUUCCAUUUGUUUAUUGCGUUUUUCUUUCACUUUGCCUACUGCGUUUUUCUUUCAAUUGACUUCCAGCGUUUUCUUUCAAUGUGCUUCCUGCUUCUUAUGUCAAUUUGCUUACAGCGUUUUUCUCUCAGUUGGCUUCCUGCGUUUUUCUUUGAAAUUGCUUGAAGCGUUUUUUUCAUUUUGCUUCAUGCUUUGCUUUCAAGUUGUUUGUCGCGUUUUUUUUCAAUGUCCUUCCUACGUUUUCUUUCAAUUUCUUUCUUGCGCUUUUCUUGGAAUUUGCUUAUUGCGUUUUUCUUGGAAUUUGCUUACUGCGUUUUUUUUCAAUUUGCCUCAUUCGUUUUUCUUUCAAUUCCAUUCCUGCAUUUUUCUUUCAUUUUCCCUACUGCGUUUUUCUUUCAAUAGUCUUCCUGUGUUUUCUUUCAGUUUGCUUCAAUUUUUUUCUUUCAAUUUGCUUAUUGCCUUGUUUGCUUACUUUUUUCUUUCAGUUGACUUCCUGUGUUUUCAUUCAAAUUGUUUGAAGCGGUUUCUUUCAAUUUGCUUCAAGCUUUUUCUUUCAAGUUGUUUGCUGCGUUUUUUUUCAGUUUCCUUUCUUAAUUUAAUUUGCGUUUUUCUUUCUUUUUGCUUACUGCUUUGGUAUUUCAAUUUGCUUACUGCGUUUUUCUUUCUUUUUGCUUGCUGCUUUGGUAUUUCAAUUUGCUUACUGCGUUUUUCUUUCUUUUUGCUUACUGCUUUGCGUUUUCAUUUAAGCUGCUUCCUACGUUUUUCUUUCAAUUUGUUUCCUGCAUUUUUCUUUCAAUUUGCUUCAUGUCAUUUCUUUCAUUUUGCUUGCUGCUUUCUUCUUUCAUUUUGCUUGCUGCGUCUUUUCUCAAUUUGCUUUCAGCGUUUUUCUUUUUUCCUGCCUUAUCUUUCAAUUUGUUUCUUGCGUUUUUCUUUCAAUUUGCUUCCUGCUUUUUUCUUUGAAUUUGUUUUCAUCAUUUUUCUUUCGGUCUGCUUCCCGUGUUUUACCUCCUACUUCUCCUCCUCUUUCUUCUUCUUCUUCUUCUGCUCUUCCACCUCCUUUUCUUCUUUUACUCCUCUUUCCUCUGCUGCUGCUUCCCCUCCAUCUUCUUGUUUCACUUCUCCUGCUCUUCCUUCUCCUUCUUGUUGUUCUUCUUUUUUCUCUUUUUCUCGUUCAACUUCUUCUGCUCUUCCUUGUUGUUAUUGUUGUUGUUGUUCUUCUUCUUCUCUUCCCCCUCCCCCUUCCUAUUCUUCCACUUCUCCUCCUCUUCUUCUUCCUCCUCCUCCUUCUUCUUCUUCUUCUUCUUCUUCUUCUUCUUCUUCUUUCUUCUUCUCUUCCUCCUCGUUGUUGUUGUUGUUCUUCUUCUUCUUCUUUUACAUUUUGGGAUUCUGGAACUGUUCAGGCAUCAUUUGA